UUUAGAAUCGGUACCGCUGGGGUCUAGUUAGUACAGUGUCCAAAUUUUAGGUUGGUGGCACCAGUAGAAGGUAUCGAAAAUGGUCGCUAGAAUAUUUGUAUUCUAGGAUCACCUUGGUCCGCUGAACGAGGUUUAUGAUAUCCCGUUCAGCCGCUGACAGACCCAAAUCGCUCCCAUUUUAUCGCAUGACGUCACACUGCUGUCACGUGAUUCUGUCCGGUAUAAAAUGCCAUUUCGCCUUAAAACAAUAACGGAACAAGAACUACCAAACUAACGCCACUAUCGGUACUGAGACCUUAAGGCCAAUCUAGGCCCAUGGCGGGCUCUUACGAGCCCUUGCCCGGCAGUCAAGUAUCAUGAUCGCCAAGGUGAAAGAAGAAGACGGAGUUUCAGCAGAGGAAGAGAACUUCGCUUCCAAGGAGAAAGUCGAGAUAGAAAUGAAACUGAAGCAAGAUUUGGUCACAGAAGAAGGUAUCGUGAGCACCAAGGUGAGAGAAGAGGACGGAGUUUAAGCAGAGGAAGAGGACGUGGCUUCCAAGGAGGAAGCCAAGCUUUAACAUAAGGGAUCUAGAUCAAAUUGUGGAAAUGGCAAAACGAAAUUCCACAAAAGCGUUGACAAAAUUGUUGCGAGAUAAGGAAGAGUUUUUAAAACUGCUGCAGAGACAAAUGCUUGAUGAAUUAAAAGCUUCUGUUCUUGAUCUUUGUGGUAAGAUCGCCCAAAUACAUGGACCAAGAGAAAGUCUUGUUGAAGUCUCAGAAAUUAUCAUUAGAAGUGAAUUUAUUCUGCAAAUUAUCUCUUUGUUAGAUGACAAAUUACACACAGAGAACACCGACAAUUUUUGGACUCAACUUCUUGGUUGUGUCAGAUUAAUAAACAUGUGCCACACUUAUACUCCACAACAAUCCUGUGACCAGGUUACAAGGUUGAUUCAAGUUUUAAAAACAGAAAUUGACAAACUGCCUCAACAAGAGGAGCAUUUUAAACGCAUCAUACAACACCUUAUGUCCCUCAGUUUCUCUGUAUGUGAAGUGGAAGAGAAUACAAUAUUUGAAAGAUUUAGAUUAAUUUCUGUACUUCCCACACUGGAUGAUAUUACAAGUAUGGAGAAUCCAGUUUUACGACCGAAUCAAGUUGAUUUACCCUACCAAAGUUUAGUUGAUUAUCUUGAUGUUCAAUUUCGUUUAUUAAGAGAGGACUUUGUUCAACCUUUUAGAACGGAUAUCAGGAAGCUAAAGCAACUUGGUGGAAAUGAAAGUCCGAAUGAAGUUAAAAACUUGACUGACAUCACGGUUUAUCAGGAUGUGCGGAUAUUAUUUCCCGAACCAACUAACUAUGGUAUUCAUUAUCAUGUUCAGUUUAAUGUGAAGAAUAUUGGAGAAAUAGAUUGGGCGAACUCUAAGUGUUUGCAGAGUGCUAACCUCCUUUACUUUUCUAAUGACAAUUUUAAGGAAAAUGUAUUAUUUGGAGUGAUAACAAAAAGAGAACCCAAGGAGCUAAGAAAGGGAUUUUUCGAGGUGAAGUUGUUGGCGGCCCACAACAUUCAUUUUCUUGGAAACGGACAUAUAUUUUCCUCCAGUUACACUGUGGUUGAAAGCCAAGCAUUUUUCGAAGCAUAUCAUCACGUUCUUUUUAGUUUGCAAGAAAUGCAAACCUUACCCCUGAGCCGAUAUAUAGUUGGAUGUGACAAGAACGUUCUUUUACCUAUGUAUCAAAUGAAGAACAAGCAUGACUUUCUAUUUGAUCACUCAAAAUGGUUAUCCGACAUCCACGUAAAUUUGGAUGAUUCUCAAAAGUUUGCUUUGCAAACUUCGCUGGCCAAUGAAAUAGCUUUGAUACAAGGACCCCCUGGUACUGGAAAGACGUACAUUGGUCUAUUAAUGAUGAGAGCUUUGUUACGCAUGCAUGGAGGAAGGAAUCCCAUUCUUGUGGUUUGUUAUACCAAUCAUGCACUUGAUCAAUUCUUGGAAGGAAUUAUUGACUUUCAUGACAAACGUAUCAUAAGAAUGGGUGGUCAAUGUAAAAGUGAAAAGCUUAAACAAUAUCAGUUCAAUAAUGUAAAGACAAAAAAAAGAAUAAAAGCUCGCUAUGAGCAAAUUGAUGAUCUCAAACGUCCAAUGAAAAAUGAGACAGUCACGCUGAACGCUUCAACAAGUUGUAUUCUCAGUUUAAGUGUUCUUAAAGAGGUGAUUCCAACAGAAUUGUUUCAACAGUUUGUUCACUUCUUCAAUCAAGAAAAACACAAUUUAGAUACUGCUUUGUUGCAGUGGUUGGGUUUCUGCCAAGUACAAAAUCUUACACCGUAUAGUUAUGUUAUUGAAGAAGUACUAGAAGCAUGGGCUCGUAGCUUCCGUUCAAACUAUACAAAGGACCAAAUUAAACAAGCUAUUAAUCUAGCAGGCACUUUAGAUUAUACAGCUGUUGCUAACUGUCUUAUACACAAUGGAAACAGAACUGUCUCAUCAGAUUCAAUCGCAGAAAUAGUUUACUCAUUUCUUGUAUUUGAGGAACUGCCAUCACAUAUCGAACCACUUCUGGAAUGUUUCAAUGAAGUUGAAGUAAAAUGUGCUGUCUAUGUUUUAAUCGAAAAUCAAAAGGACAAUGACGUUUCUCUUGAAGAUGUUAUAAAUUGGUUGGUGAAAAAAUGUUGUUUGAAAGACAAUAAUGCCACUUUUGAAGAAAUUGAAACAUGGUUGUUAGAACAAUGUGAUGUAUGCAAAGGCAGACAAGUUUGCAAUGAGUACAAACAAGGCAUUAUUGAGAAAAUGUUGCAGCGUCGAAUGCUCGCUGCAGCAAGUUAUACAAGCAUUCUUCGUGGAUCACAGCAAAUGCACAGUAAUAAUACUCGAAGAAUCAAACUGGAAUUAAACAACACCACUACAAUAUCCUUUCAAGAGAUGAUCGGAAUAAAGAAUAUUAGGAUUCUCACUUUUCAAAAAAAAUGGAAAUUGUAUCGACUGUGGGCUCAACUUUGGAGGAUGCAGUUUAGUGAAAAAAUAGAAAACUAUGCAGAAGCUUACAAUAAACAGGCCGCUAAAUGGAAAGAAUCUUGUGAUAGACAAGAUUGUAGCGUCCUGGAGACAGCUGAUGUUAUUGGAAUGACAACUUCUUUUGCUGCCAAGUACAGAUCAAUGCUACAUGAAUUGCCGAUAAAGGUUGUGUUAGUCGAAGAAGCAGGCGAAGUUUUGGAAGGACACAUUGUAGCUUCAUUACCAAAAACUACAGAACAUUUAAUUUUAAUCGGCGACCACCAGCAACUGAAACCUCCAACUACAGUAUAUGAGCUUGCUUUGAAAAUGAAUUUGGAUGUUUCUCUCUUUGAAAGAUUGGUGAGAAAUGGACUCCCAUUCGCCCAACUCACCUGUCAGCAUCGAAUGAAACCAAGAAUCGCUGACCUCAUUCGACCUCAUAUUUAUAAGACUUUGACUGACAACAACAAUGUGAAAAAUUAUAAGGAAAUUGCUGGAGUUGAAAAAAGCGUUUUCUUCAUAAGCCAUGAGGAAAAAGAGGAAAUGGUGGAUAAAUCGAAGAUGAACUUGCAUGAAGCGGAAUUUCUUGUAGCCCUGUGCAAGUACUUCUUGCAGUUUGAAUAUUCAAGCAAGAGUAUAACCAUACUUACUACUUACAGGGGUCAAAUGCUUAAAAUAAGAAAGAUAAUGCAAUUAAAUGAGGAAAAGUUGAAGAAUGUUAAAGUUGCUGUAGUGGAUAAUUACCAGGGCGAAGAAAAUGAUAUUCUUCUUCUUUCACUUGUCAGAAGCAAUGAUAAGGGAAAUAUUGGCUUUUUGAAAACUCACAAUCGCGUAUGUGUUGCUCUCUCUCGUGCAAAGAAAGGUCUAUUCUGUAUUGGCAACAUGAAACUGCUACGUAAAGAAAGUCAACUCUGGAAUGAAAUUGUCUCAAAUUUGGAAACAGAUGGUUCAAUUGGAGAUGGUUUGGUACUAAAGUGUGCACAUCUAAACUCAUUGGUGGUUGCCAAAACUGCAGCAGACUUCAAAGAUUCCUGUGGUGGAAGUUGUGGAAAACAGUGUAAAUUUCCCUUAGAAUGUGGUCACUUUUGUUUGAGAAAAUGUCAUCCUGAUGAUGCUGAUCACGAAAGAUACAAGUGUCCUUUGCCUUGCCUGAAGUCGUGUGAGGAAAGACAUAAAUGCCUCAAAAAAUGCUGGGAAAAUGUGGGACUUCGUCCAGUAUUUAUAGACAAGAUAAUGCCCGAGUGCGGUCACACUCAAACGAUGAAAUGUGGAGUGAAUCCUCAGAACUUUUCUUGCUUAUUACCAUGUACAAAAGUUUUACCAUGUGGUCACCGAUGCAUGCUUAAAUGUGGAGUACAAUGUGGAGAUUGUGAAAUUUUUGUGGAAAAAAUAAUGCCCGAGUGCGGUCACACUCAAACGAUGAAAUGUGGAGUGAAUCCUCAGAACUUUUCUUGUUUAUUACCGUGUACAAAAGUUUUACCAUGUGGUCACCGAUGCAUGCUUAAAUGUGGAGUACAAUGUGGAGAUUGUGAAAUUUUUGUGGAAAAGACCAUGCCUGAAUGUGGUCAUCAACAAGAAAUGCCUUGUCAUAUUGACGCAACCCUCUUAAAAUGUUACUUUCUAUGUGACAAGCUGAUGUCCUGUGGACAUACACACAUGAAUGCACGAUGCCACAAAACCACAUGCGACAAAAUUAUGAUUCAGGUUUACAACAGAUGUAAGCAUAGACACGUGGUUCCUUGUUACCUUCAUGAGGAGUCAUUUCCAUGCAGGGCUGCAUGUGAUAUGCCACUUAUUUGUGGUCACGCAUGUACUGAGUACUGUGGAGAACCUUGUCCUAUUUUGUGUAAUGUUUGCUUGCAAGAUCCUGAAUGCAGGAACAGAAUCCUAGUCAAACAAUUUGUAUAACAUCAUAUAUUUGUUUUCUUUAAUUGUUGGUAAAAUAUCUGUAAUAGAUGUAGCCUAAACCCCAAAAUAAUAGAGUUGUUGUACCUAUGCUAUAUACACAUAUUGUUGACCUUUUUCGUUCAACAGUUCUUUUUUUUAUUCUUUUAUCUGUAAAUAACUUGGCACUAUUAGUCCAUUUGAAGUACUAAUACACAGAUACUCUAAAA